AUGGCCCAAGGCACAGUCAAAAACCUUGGCCGGGUGGCCCCCGCCAAGAUCGUACACUCUAAGCGCCAAGCAUCCAAGGUGCACAAGCCCAAGCAGACAAAGAAGAACGUCGAUAAGGUCCACAGGAAGUUCACAAGCGGCAUGACAGCGCAAACCGAAAAGCUCCUAAGUGAGCGCGCGGGACAUCUCGAGUUGCUCGGACAGAAGAAGAAGAAGGAAGAAAACAAGAAGAAGGAUAAGAGGACAACAACAAAGGGUGGUUCAAAGAAGUUUGGUUAA